ACGGAGAGCAAUCUCUCCCAAAGGGAUUCCUCCCCGACGUCCUCCUUGCGAUAUCAGUGUGGAACGUGAAUUGUGCAGGACGUGACGAGCGCAGCAGGUAAAUUCCUGAAAGACGGCACCAGUUUUUCGCACCGCCGAGGCUGUUGUGCGCAUCGGAAAGUCGAUCGGUUCCGGCCGGCGCGCCGAAGGUCCGCUUGAAACACGGCUCCUUUCCGUUUCCCGCGGCAGCCCGAGGCCAGGCGAGAGAAUCCGUAUGUAAAUGGAAUUCCUCCCCGUUGGGACGACGGCCAUACGGGAGCUCUUCGAUAAAGAGGCCGCGAAAAGCAAGUCGUGAAUAUAAAUGCGCAGCUCGCGCUUUGAGAAUCAGAAACGCGCCGGAUGUCCCAUGAUGUUCUCUGAAACGCAGCCUCGCGUCGCACCGAGGGAGACGCAGCUGUCUCGCGUUAUCGAGAGGCACCGAUUGCAACGGCGAUAAGCGAGACGGGGGCUCUUCGAGCGCGGAAGAACGUUCUGAAUGGCGUCAUGCGUGAUAACGUUAUCGCGAGCUGGAGUAAAUCACUGAUUAGCGGCGCGUUAGAGUGAUCAAUUUUCGAGGGCGACAGGCGAAAGGACAGGGACAAGGCUCGAAUGUCGAAGGAAACGGCCGACGGUACGAGCGAAUACGCGCCGGCUCGCCGGAGCCACGACCUGGACGUCGACGCGAUGCUGCUUGACGAACGAUACCGCCUCCUUGCCGACGAGGAUCGAAUCGGCUCGUCGAGAAAUAAGCUCAAGAGACUGAGGAUGACGGCGGCUCAACGGAAACCCGCGCACCACACGCGCUUUUAAACGGCGAUACUGAGGAACGCGCGCUCGUCACCGCGCCGGCAUCAUGGGGAAUGGCAUGAACAAGGUGCUUCCCGGUCUUUACGUCGGUAAUUAUCAGGACAGCAAGGACCCUGAUCAGCUGGAGCGUUUCGAAAUCACGCAUAUUCUGGCUAUUCACGACACGGCCCGCCGUUUGCAUUCCGAUAAGCAUUAUCUAUGCAUCUUGGCCGCCGACAGUCCCGAUCAGAAUUUAUCGCAGUACUUUUCUCUGUGCAACGACUUCAUUCACGCCGCCCGUCUUCGCGGCGGAAACGUUUUGAUCCACUGUCUGGCAGGAAUGUCGAGGAGCGUGACAGUAGCGGUGGCCUACAUCAUGAGCACCACUAAUCUGUCCUGGAAGGAGGCGCUCAAAGUCGUUAGAGUCGGUCGUUCCAUUGCAAAUCCGAACGUCGGUUUUCAACAGCAGCUCAAGGACUUUGAGUCCAGCCGUUUACAAGAAGAACGUAACAGAUUGAAAGAGCGAUUCCCCAGCCUCGCUCUCACCGAGUCUGACGCCGAGGUUUGCAGCUCUACUCUGAGGAAUUACGAAACACUGGCCCUAGCGAGAGAGGUGUGCGAGGGUAAAUGCGCCAUGGGACGCACUUGUCCGACCGGGCUUUGCCGUCAGGCAACCUCUAAGAGGACUCUGAGAAGAAAGUCAUCCAGCAGCAGUAUCGGAAGCGGGUCCGGCAGAACACCUCCGCAAACACCCCGGAUGCUACCAUCUGCGCCACCCUCGCCAGCUUUGCACAGAUCGUCCAGCGUUGUGUCCACAUCGAGACCGAGGAGUGGGCCGGCAGGAUUACAUUCUUACACCGGAGGAUCCGCUCCGCCGUCUAGGGCUGUGUCGAGGGUGGACCUUUCGGCGGCAGUGGCUUGCAGCAGCAGCAACACCAGUCUCUCCGCCGUGGGCAGGUCGAGCGCAUUCUCCAGUAGCAAUUGGCGAUUGACAGCUGGUUCCGCGCCAAACACGCCGAGACCGACGCCGCCGGUCUCGCCGCAACGCUGGCCGAGACGGCUCUCGAAUAGACAAACGCCGCAACUGCCGGUACCACCGGAAUCCCAUCCUUCGACAAUGACGUAGCAUCGAGACUCGCGCGGUUCUCUGUCGAGCCUGAUGGAAUAACGAACCGAAGGAGAUCAGCGAACCGCUCGAGAAUCUUACCACCAACAUUAUACGCUCUUCACUGUCGGCAGAUUAGAUUAUCAAUUUGCUAUCAUUUUUCGGCAUUGGAUGCUCGUUCGGAUGACUCGCGGGAAGGAAUUUCCGGUAAAAGAGAAAGGAAAGGUAUUUAUGAAUUAUAUAAAGACGUGCCUGCGAAUGUUUCUUUACAUUUGGGACAUUCGGGAUAUUUAGUAGAACGCAUAAGAGAUAAAUAACGAUCUAAUGUGAUCCUGCAAGAUGAUAUGUAUCGGAUCGAGUCGAACUCGUCGGACCGACGAGGGAAACGUUGAUACAUCGAAUGCGCGUAAGUAACGCAUUGUUGGAAAUUGUUGGUGAUAUUGACUUAUACAAGUUGUUACAAGUUGUUGCUUAUACUAAGCGAGAAAGUGCUUUUACCGCGAAUGGGAUGGGAAAACGAUAGGAUUCUUACGUGUCGGAAACACUUUGCGUUUUAAUUUCGCGCCCCACGAUUAGAUGAUCUUCGUCCUAAUUAGAUUCUCUCACGGAGAAAUAACGGCGUCGACGGAUACUGACAAUCUGUCAUUUAAAUAUAUCACGAGGUUGAAUUAGUACUCUCGCGCAACGGAUCGAUGUGUGAGGUGAGGUAGUAAAUUGGAAAGAUUGACACAUUCGGGACAUGGUAUUAAUCCUUUGGGGCUUUAUCGGUUACAACGAUAAUUGCGUGCAAUUAAGUGCGACCGGUUAUUUCGCGCUUUUUACAGCGCCGUUCAAUCGCACUAAUAAUGCCCUCGUUAACGAUCCCCGCGUGCAAUUGUUCCCUCGGAGAUAAUGCGCGAAUCGUUACCAAUUAAUCAUUGGUUGUGAAAAAGAAUAUUGCUCAAAGCGGCAAUUAUGCAAUACAUACAACAGCGUUCCCAAAGGAUUAAUUUAGAAAAGGAAAAUACAUAGAAUCGAGCGCUCAAAUGUAGCUUGAUAGUUUUGAAAUUGAUCGCGCAAAGUGGUGAGGCGUCGAAGAAUAUUUUCCGAUAGAAUUUACGCGCGCGCGCGUGUGUGUGUGUGUGUGUACGUAUGCGCGUGCGUAUGCGUGUGUAAGAAUGCAGGCGAGUCGUGACGUGUUGAAAGAAUGAGAAUAUGCAGAAUAUCGAUUUGCUUCCGGAUCCACGCGCGGUUCAAAACUCAUCCUAUGAAGGACCGAACGGUUUUGCGCGACCACGCUCGUAGGAAAUGAGGGAUCUUCGUUCCGCAAACCUGUUCCAUUGAUUUCGUUCGCAACCGUCCAUGUGAUUGUUGGCUUUCUAGCGAGAUCGCACUGUUUUAUCACAAGUUGUUGAAGAGAAAAAAUAUAUACACACACACACAUACAUAUACAUACACGCAUGUUGGAAACAUACACGUACAUUGUUGCGCGAAGGGCUUUCAGAGAAUUUUAUAAGCGCGCCGGUGAUCGCAAUUAUAUUAUUAUAUACGAGUCGCGUAGUAGGCAUUAGGCAAAACUGUUGUUGUUGUCUCGCCAGCACGAGCACCAGUCGUUUACGAAUAUGUCGAGAUUUAAGAUAACGUCGCUUCGAUCCCCCUCAGUGUUACUAGUGUGCACGAUAAAGCAACGUAGAUCGUUUUUCAAUCGUUGCCACGCACACGUUUCGCGUACACGUGGGAAGCUAUGCGUCGCGACGGGAUUAUUCGAUGUGCGAGCAAUCGUCAGACCAGCCGAUCAUAUCAAACGCGCCAUUAUUCGCGUACAUUUUCUAAAGAAACACUCGUGCUAUUCGCGAACCAAGCUGAAUCCAUAAAUAUUCUGUAGAAGCUCUACAGACAUUCCUACGGAGGGCUAACAAAUUCGUAAGAUAUUUUUUUAAUUGAAAGAUAUAAAAAUUAACUUUACUACACUAUAGGUAUAUUAAAGAAGAAAGAGUAAUUAGACGCGCAAAUUAUUGUUUAAUGCUAGGAGCAAACUUUAUAGAUCACUAGACUACGUCAAAUACAAAUUUGAUUUAAUUAGAUGAAGAUGGGUUUGCAGUUGUAUCUAUACGAAAUAACUGGCGAGAAAGCAAUAUUUUACAAAGUAAUAUUGUAAUGUGUAUAUAGAGUGUCCUAUUAUCACCGUAAAAUGAUUUAAUCGCGUAUAUUCCGGAGAAUAGAAAAUCUUAGUAUUAAAAUGUCAAGGUCGCAAUAAUUUUCGAGUUAUAAGCCAGGUUGACUAAUGGUACCGUGCAACGUUCGCACGCUUGACUGCAGACUGUAUUGAUCUGUCAUCUAUUACUCAUUUUCACGUGAUAUUAAUUUUUACUGCUCAGCUGAUUCUACCUUUAAUUUCUCAUGUAUGUAUAAAUGUUAUACCUGUAUGAGACACUUACAUUUUGCAAGGAAUUAAAUGUUUACUAUUUAUUUUAUUUAAAUAUAUUGGAACGGAGAAUAAUUUUGUUUAUGACGCUCGAUAUUGCGUGCCGUCGCGUUACUUCUCGAAAUACGAAAUCGCGACGAUUGCCGGAAGGCGUCAGCUACGCGACUUGUUUUCUAUAAAUGAUACAAAGUCGCGAUUAACUUCUGCACGAUUACCGAUCCAUAAGCGACAGCUAUCUAUUGAAGCGAAUACAUAUUUAUCUGUUCAGCGAUUUAUACAUUUAUAGUAGAAAUCGAGGCGAUAAAGAAUCGAACUCAUAAAUUGUCUCGGUGUUUACGGGCAAUAAUUAUUUCACUAAUAACGCAUUGAUUCGAAUACAUCGAGCGGUGAAUUCGCCGAUUUGGAUCUAAUUUAACUAUUAUUUUUGUAUUGAGAACGCGAAUCGCCAGAUUAUUACAUCCCUGGUACACAAUACAACGGUAUACAAAUCGCCGAUUCGAGUAAUUCAACAGAAAGCCGCGAUGUAUCGACCAUCAUUAAUAAUACGUGUGCUUUGCGAAUUGCGCGUGCAGAAUUUUGAUUGUUUAUUAUCCAACGUGAUUGGUACAUUUAUUUAUCAUUCAAAAUAUUAAUUGCCCUACAACGCGCGCAUAGACUAUGCGUUGUUCAAAGUACGAAAGUGUAACUAAAAGCGAUAUCUUUAGUACUGCAGCGGGUCCUUUCCUCGCAUUGUUCUUUCGCCGGGAUGUAAUAAAAUACACGUCGCUUACGGUUAAUGUUAGAACUGCCGUCUUAAGUGCCGUACGGUCGUUAUAUUCCGGUGAUUAGUCGCGCGCGCGAUUGUAAUUAACCGUAUCUUCGUGAGUUAAAGUUGUGUGAGUGUCGACGAAGAAGCGACAACGAAGAAAUAAGAGAAAGGGAGAAGGCCUUGCAGGCAUCGAGCGGCGGUUAAACAUCUGACGGGUGAGUUUUAUUUGCGGAAUUAAUCAAUUAUUUCCAUUUGUUUGCCUUGUUUAUUUCAAUCUAUAUAUAGGAAUUAGAAGGGAGACUCUUAUUUAUAAAACAUAAAGCCUUACGCUUGGGAAAACAUUUUCGACAGUUGUCUAAUUAUUAAAGAUCCAAUUGAAAAAGUUAUAAUAAGCGAAGUGUGUAUAAUAAUUAUUUUUCGAAAUUCGCGUUACUUUAGACGCCGCUGUAAUUUGAAGUUUAUAUGUCUAUUUUGCAGAUCAAUUUAUUGUUAUUACGCCGCUUGUGCAUUGUAUAUCGGUAAGUCUCAAAUUACUUUUUAUUUUAAUCUGGUAAUGGAUCCGUGAAUAUUUCGAACAGACACAACAGAUUUAUUGUUUUGCAAUGGAUCGGCUAGGGCAGAUUAAUACACACAAAUAUUUAAUUGUGGCAAAUGUGUAACGGUCCAUCGAUCUAUUAUGCAUUCAAGAAUGCAUACAUACAAAACUCAUAGGACCUAUUGUUGUUGACGUAUUAUUGACUGCUUCGGUCAUUUACUGGCUCAUUUCGGUGUCAUACUACAUAGCAGAAUAUUAAUUACUAAGUAACAUGUAAACCACUUGCAACUUUUAGGAAAUUUUAUAUUCGUGUAAAUAAAAAAAGAGAUUGGAAACAUUACGGUUAAUAAACGUUUUACAGAACAAGAGUUUGAUCAAAAAAAUGACAAAUAAUGCUGUAGUUACUUUUCAGAACAUCGAAAAUAAUUCUCGUAUAAAUAUAAUUAAAUUUUCCAAGUUUUCGAGUUUAAUGAUAAACAAGAGUCUCUUUUGAAACGUAAGGACAAAAGGUAGGUAAAAUUAUUAUAAAUGAAAUAUUGAUUAAAAGUGUUUGGAAUAUAAAACUAAUUUUCUUUCUUUCUUGUAGUGUUGUUUCGUGGAUAAUCAGGAUGGAACAAAAUUUCUUUUUAAUUAUAUAUGUGUGUACGUGUAUGUAUACAUUAUG